AUGGCACAACUUGAUAUCACCGUCGCUGGAGUCGUCAGUCUCUGUGCAGCCUUCCUUUUCCCACUACAGGCACCCUCAUCCUCCGGUUUUUCGCGAGGUCCAAACAAGGAGCUAAAAAAGGAAUCGAUGACUGGACCAUUUUGGCAGCCUGGGAAGUCGCCAAUCUCCAUAUUGACAAUUCAUAACUGAAUAUGCAUUUUAGAUCUUCUUCGUUGGCGAGACUGCAAUAAUGUUUUAUGGUAAGACCCAUUUUCCUGUGGACUGGAUCGUGGAGUCUCCUCUCCGGGACUAACAAAUUCACGAUAUCGAUAAGAGUCUCGCAAGGUAUUUUUGGGCAUGCCCAGCCUAAGGAUAAGGCAGUGCAGCACGUUACGCUAGAGAAGGUCAGAAUAUCCAUUGUAGUUCUUCCUUCCGGCGACAUUGGAAGCUAACAUGUACAGUACAGCUUUUCAUCACCCUUGAUGGCUUAUGUGUGAUGACACUAGGAGUGGCAAAGCUUAGUGCUCUCUUCUUCUACCGUCGCAUUUUCUGUUCUACAGGACGUCUGGAUUUCUUCAAUAUUAGCACUGGCUUCUUUAUAGUGGUAGUAACGGUGUGGACUGUGGUGUUCUUCGUCACGACAUUCAGGCUUUGCGGUCGCCAUGGCGUUGAGUGGAUUGCUCAGCCUCGCAAUACUGCGAAGUGCUCGCUUAUAUAUCCCUAUUUUGCGGCAACUACUAUAUCUGAUGUGGUUCUUGACGUUUUGAUACUUGGUCUUGCUAUUCCGAAGGUACGUCGCGUUCUAGAUCGCCUUGUCUUGAGGUUCGAUGCUGAUAAAGUAGAUUUGGACUCUUAAAGUAACUAUCGGACGACGACUUGCGGUCUCGGGUGUGUUUAUAUUUGCAAUUGUGUGAGUUACAUUUUCCAUCUUUUACAAGGCUGCGUAGAACUGACUAACAUUGUGCAGUGGUCUGGCGGCAAGUCUAACUCGCAUGAUUAACACACUUCAUCUGGUGAAAAACGGAAGAGAAAAGAACUCGAAAGAUGGCUACCGUAAGCACCUGCUCCUUUCGUACUACUAUAACAAGUCCUGUCAUUAAUCGAAAUUUCGUGGCAGAAACCAACACCCAAAACGCAUAUUACAUGAUUCUAGAAGCCGGUUUUUCCAUCGUCGCUGUGAAUCUCCCUUCAUUGUGGUAUUUCACAGUUGGCGUUGCUCCUGAACGGGUUCUAGGUAGCGUUCGAAGCAUGGCAUCCCUGAACUCAGGUCGAAGCUUGCAAGAUUCCUCUAAGAGAACCCGAACUGUUGAGGAUCACGUCACAAGAGACGCUUCUUCUGGCGAACGAAGCUUAGAUAAUUCAGCUUCGAUCUUGAAUAAACACGGUGCAGACACGGUGGUGGAAACCUAUGACAUGGUGGAUGUGGAAUCCGGCCUCAGAAAUCCUGAUGGCAUUCAUGUUGAACGCAACUUUCACCGUUCGGAAGCACAAGUAUAGUCUAUGGAUGAAGAACAUUCCUGGUGAUUCGAGAGAAGAAGAGGGUGAUAUAUCUCGAUUAGUUGUUGUAAUUUCGAACAGUUUCAAUCUUACUUCUCUCGACAGAUCUUUGAGCGUCCAUCUCCCCGAUCAGGCCAAGAACACUGUUCAACAAUAUAUUCAUAUAUUUUCACACCAAUGCCUUUAUACACGACAAAGCUUUCCAUUUCCAUUUGGAAGCCCAUUCGCUGUAACUACGGCUCAUCUCGGCUUAUAUUAACAAAACUCAGCACUUUAAUCUCCUACCACCUAGCUAGUGUUCUGUUCAGCGGGUCGUCGCGAUUUCUUUGAUAUAACUACUGC